AUGGCAAAAGUUCACCCCGGGGCACCAAGAUCCUCCUCUUACUUGACCAGUUCAAAGCAAGAGACCUUCACAAUAUGGAUGAAGUCUCUUGUACUGAAUUGCAAGGGCUGUACCGUCUUCGAUUCGAACGGUCAGAUCGUGUAUCGAGUCGACAAUUACAGCUCCAAAUGUAGAGAUGUUUAUCUCAUGGAUUUCAAGGGUGAAGUCCUCUUCACCAUACUCAGAAAGGAAAAGUUCAAGCUGUUUAGGUUUUGGGAAGGAUAUAAAUCCACAGGCGCAGAUAGGAACCCCAAAAGGCCAGGUUUUCAAGUAAGGAAAGCGCCGUUUAGAUUAAUUUCAAGAGGCUAUUCAUCAUCACGUGACGUUGUUGUGGUGGGAUUGGACGAGAAUCAAUCUUUUGGUUACAACAUAGAAAGUUGUAGGACUAGGAACUCACCGUGCAAGAUAGUAGACAAGUUUGGAAGGCCAAUCGCAGAGGUAAAGAGAAAGCAAUCAACAUGUGGAGUGCUUUUGGGAGACGACGUUUUAACAAUGGUGGUGGAGCCCUUUAUGGAUCACUGUCUCAUCAUGGGGCUUUUUGUGGUUUAUAGUCUCAUCAACUGUAAAAUGUAG